UUCUUGCCCACCACCGGCUCCGCUCUCGCCGCUCUUUCCCCGCACACUCUCCGCUUCACCUUCGCCUUCUCGCUGCCAGCCACCGUCGCACCCUCGCUCUGCGCAGCAAGCGCACUCCUCAGCCACUCCCUCAAGCGUCCCACUGCGCACCUCCUUGCAUCGCCGCCCGCCCGCCCAGCCGACGCUCCAGCAUGCCCGUCCCGACGCCGGCCUAUGCUCCGCCCACGCUCGCGCCCGCACUUGCUGCCGCGCGGCGCGUGCUGGACGAGGAGAGUGGCAGCACGCGACGCACGCUCUUUGUCGUCAUGGGCACUUCUGGCUCCGGGAAAUCCACGCUCGGCUCUGCGCUCGCAUCCUCUCUCCGAUGUCCCUUCAUCGACGGCGACGACCUGCACCCGCCGGCCAACGUGCGCAAGAUGGCAUCAGGCGUCGCAUUGGACGAUGCAGAUCGACUUCCCUGGCUGCGCCUCGUCAGAGAGAAGGCGCUGCAAUUGACGGCAGGAGAGGGAGGAAGCAAGGAGAGAAGCGCAGAGGAUGAGCCGACGAGGAUGGAGAAGGAGAAGAGAGAGCUGGCCGAGGUCAGAGAGACGAGUGGAUUGGGAGAGGAGCAGGCUAAGGCGCCAAAGGUCGACGCAAGUGCCGUGGAGGCUUCGACCGCCAACUCGAACUCGACGACAGGCACGACAUCGGCAUCGCAGAGCUCGAGAGUGGUGGUGAUUGCCUGUUCCGCACUCAAGCGUAGCUACCGCGACGUUCUUCGCGGCUCUUGCUGCUCUCUCGCCUCCUCCUCCUCCCCGCCGUCCUCCUCCUCAGCCGCAGGCGUCGACUCGGCAUCGUCGAACGACGCACUGCGAGUGAUCCACAUCUACCUACGCGUCGAGGCUUCGGAGCUUCAACGGCGCAUGUCCUCGAGAGGCGAGCACUUCAUGAAGCCCGACAUGCUAGCGAGUCAGCUCGCGACGUUGGAGGAGCCUCAGCCGGAGAGCGAGGAGGGCGUGUUCGUCGUCGAGGACGCGCCGAGGGAGAUGGAACCAUCGACGAUGGAGCAGGAAGUGGGAGCGGCUCUGCGCACCCAUAGCGUACACGCCCGCUUCACGAUUGCAUGUCCGCCAGGCGCCGAGACGCAAGUCUCGCACCUGCCGACCCAAGGCUCGCGCUCAUCGAUCGUCGCCUAUCCACUGCUAAUCAGCUCUCCGCCUCGGCAAGUGCAAGAAGGCGGGCAGAAGCAAAGCCAUAAGCAGCAUCUGGAGGCCAUCUCGAAGGCGCUGGGCGAGGUCAGGGAGAUGAUCAAUGAGGAGCUGUCGCGGCAGAAGGAGAAGUUGGGAAAGUGGGAUUUGGUGGUCGAGGCGAAGGAGGAGAGGCAAGAUGAGGGGGAGGAGGAUGGCGAGGAGGAGGAAGAGGAAGAGAGCGAGUAGAGGGUGGGGGAUGGUGGAGGAGGCGGGUGGAGAGUCGUCCGCGCAUCGCAAUGUCACCCA